GUCCCUGGAAACCUGUCUCCUGUCCCUCUCCAGACGACUCCGUCCAGACCUGUGUCCCAGGACCCCAGGCUGAUGGGUGCCCAGCUGUGCUCCAAGGCCGAUACCAGUGCACCCUUAGAGGCACUUCGCUUCCACGCCGAGGCCAAAGGCGCGCAGGUGCAUCUGGACGCGCAUGAGUGCACUGCGCGCAGGCGCGCCACGUUCCACGACGGCAUCGUGUUCAGCCAGAGGCCGGUGGCCCCGGGCGAGCGCGUGGCGCUGCGCAUGCUGCAGCAGGAGGGCGGCUGGUGCGGUGGCCUCCGUGUGGGCUUCACACGCCUGGACCCUGCGCACGUGUCUGCGCCCAGUCUUCCGCCCUUCAUGUGUCCGGACCUGGAGCAGCAGAGCCCCACGUGGGCGGCAGUGCUGCCGGAGGGCUGCGCCCGCGCUGGGGACGUGGUGCGCUUCUGGGUGAACCGCCGUGGCCAGCUCUUCGCCAAGGUCAACGCAGGCCGCCAGUUCCUGCUGCGCAAGGGUGUGCGCAUGGGUGCUCCGCUCUGGGCUGUGAUGGACGUAUACGGGACCACCAAGGCCAUCGAGAUACUGGAUCCUGCGUCCAGCCUGUUUCCCACAGCAGCGCCAUGGGUCCCCAGUGAGGAGGCUGUGCAGGAGCCUGAAGCCACACCGGGAAGGGAGUGUGCCAUCUGCUUCCACCACACUGCCAACGCCUGCCUUGUCCCCUGCGGCCACACUGACUUCUGCAGCUACUGUGCCUGGCGGGUCUUCAGGGACACGGCAAAGUGCCCCAUGUGUCGCUGGCAGAUCAAGGCAGUGGCCCCGGCGUGGAGCCGUCCUGCUCUGAGGACCGGAGAAGGCUCGUGAGAGGAGAAGGCCUCCCGAUGUGGCGGCAUUUCGGACCUGGAUCUGAGCCUGGCACCUGGGCGAAGGCGGCACAGCCUCGUCCUUCUGGAGAAGACUCAGGAAGGCUGGAAGAGGCCCCACAGAGAGAGGCGGAAUGGGCGGCGAGGGUGCCUUUCCCACCGUCCCCAGCAGGCCUCAGGACGGGGCCAGGCAGCAAGGACGAAGCCCUGUCUGCUCACACCAGGCGGGCCCCACGCGGUGCUUUGCUCAGAAAGGGAGUGGUCCGGGACCCCUUUCCUAGCCGAGGAAGCGAAGGUAUCUGCUGUGUCCUGUGCACGCCCUGCACCACCCCAGUACUGCGGAGCCUGGGCCAGAGCAGGGGCGUGUCUAGGUGGGACGUUUACAGUCCCCUGUGGGAACUGGGUCAGCUCUGGGAAGUCCCCGCGAGGUGGGUCUGGUUACCUACCUCUCCUGGUGGUUGCGAGGCCCGGUGAGCCCAUGCACCUGAAGAUGAUUCAACACAAGAAAGCACGCCGCUGUCACCGUGUGUUUCCGUGCCGGCUUCUGAGCUGUCACAAUAAAGGUGGCCUGAAGAACCGCUC